AUGCGUAUUCGUCUACAGCCUCGCAGGAGACCACAAGGUUAUCGACCCCCAGGUGAGCUGAAUGUUGCCUUAUUGUCUUUGCCCGCUCACCAUCUCCAUUUCAGCAAUGAAAUAGCCCAACGACUAGACAAUCUUCCAAUCGCUGCCGCCGAUGACGCCGCCGCUGCCGAGAACGCCUCCAUGGAGAACCGCUGGUGUCAACUGCGAUACACGGUCCAGUCAACGGCGCUCGCCGUCCUCGGUCGCGCUCCCCGUAAACACCAGGACUGAUUCGACGACAACGACGCCGCCAUCAGAAUUCUGUUUGCUGAGAAGAACCGCCUACACAAUGCCUACGUAGAUCACCCCACUGAGGACAACAAAGCUGCCUUCUACCGCAGUCACCGCCAACUUCAGCAACGUCUGCGCGAGAUGCAGGUCGCCUGGACUGCUCGCAAAGCUGAGGAGAUCCAAGGCUACGCGGACCGCAACGAAUGGAAGAACUUCUUCUCCGCGAUCAAAGCUGUCUACGGUCCGCCGACGAAGGGCACUGCUCCUCUCCGCAGCGCCGAAGGCAGCACUCUCCUGACUGAGAAGACGCAAAUCCUACAGCGAUGGGCCGAGCAUUUCCGAGGCGUCCUCAACCGCCCCUCCGCCAUCUCCGACGGCGCCAUCGUCCGUCUACCGCAAGUGGAGAGCAACGUUGACCUCGACCUCCCGCCAUCUCUCCAGGAAACCAUCAGGGCCGUGCAGCAGCUCUCCAGCGGGAAAGCACCCGAAUUUAGACGCCAUCUCUGCUGA